CCUGCCCGGUCCCUUCCAUCUCCGGCACACACACACACACCCGCACGCACACACACACCCCAUUGAUCAAUAUUUGGCUGUCUUGCUGCAACUUGCUGCAGUCUUUUAAAGGAGUAGUAGAGAGAGAGGGAGAGAGAAAGGGAAACUGGCAGGAAGGGGUAAGGAGCUACACAUGUCACAUGUGCUUUCUAAGACGGCCAGGAGCAUCUGCAGGCUGGAUCUGGUGGAGGAUGCUGCGGCAGGUGAUACACAGAGGGCUCCAGUCGUUUUUCUACAAGCUGGGCUUAUUCGUGAGCAGGCAUCCGGUGUUUUUCCUCACUGUGCCCGCAGUCCUGACCAUCAUCUUCGGCUUCAGCCUGCUCAACCGCUUCCAGCCUGACACUGACCUGGAGAGCCUGGUAGCCCCCAGCCACAGCCUGGCCAAGAUCGAGAGGAGCUUAGCCAGCAGCCUUUUCUCCCUCGAUCAAUCCAAAAGCCAGCUGUAUUCGGACUUGCACACCCCGGGGAGGUAUGGCAGGGUGAUUCUCCUCUCCAAACCCGGAGGCAAUAUUUUGCAUCAGGCUGAUGUGAUCCUGCAGAUCCACCGAGCCGUGCUGGAAAUGAAGGUGAACUACAAAGGCUAUAAUUAUACUUUUUCCCAUCUGUGUGUGUUGAGAAAUCAGGAUAAGAAAUGCGUGCUGGAUGAUAUUAUUUCAGUGCUAGAGGAUCUGAGGCAGGCUGCCCUCUCCAAUAAGACAACAGCCAGGGUGCAAGUGAGCUAUCCCAACACUAAAUUAAAGGAUGGAAGGAGCAGUUUCAUUGGCCACCAGCUUGGAGGGGUCAUGGAAGUGCCAAACAGCAAGGACCAGAGAGUCAAAUCAGCCAGAGCCAUCCAAAUCACUUACUACCUCCAAACAUAUGGCUCUGUCACCCAGGACCUCAUUGGGGAGAAGUGGGAGAGCGAAUUCUGUAAACUGAUGCACAAGAUGCAGUUGGAUCACCAGGAUCUGCAGCUCUACUCACUAGCAUCCUUUAGCCUCUGGAAGGACUUCCACCAGACCAGUCUCUUGGCCAGGGGCAAGAUUUUGGUGAGCCUGAUGCUGAUUCUCCUGACUGCUACCCUCUCGAGCUCCAUGAAGGACUGCCUGCGUAGCAAACCUUUCCUGGGACUCCUGGGAGUACUCACUAUCUGUAUUUCCAGUGUCACUGCGGCAGGGAUAUUUUUCAUUACUGAUGGAAAAUAUAAUUCUACUCUGUUGGGAAUCCCUUUCUUCGCUAUGGGUCAUGGAACCAAAGGAGUGUUUGAACUCCUUUCAGGAUGGCGUCGGACCAGAGAGAAUCUGCCUUUCAAGGACAGAGUAGCAGAUGCCUACUCAGACGUCAUGGUCUCCUACACGAUGACAAGCUCCUUGUAUUUCAUAGCCUUCGGCAUGGGUGCAAGCCCCUUCACCAACAUCGAAGCUGUAAAAGUCUUCUGCCAGAACAUGUGUGUCUCCAUCCUCCUGAACUACUUCUACAUCUUCUCUUUCUUUGGCUCCUGCCUGGUUUUUGCUGGCCAGCUGGAGCAGAACCGGUACCACAGCAUCUUCUGCUGUAAAAUCCCCUCGGCAGAAUACCUGGACCGGAAACCUGUGUGGUUCCAGACCAUGAUGAACGAUGGCCAUCAGCACACUUCUCACCACGAGACCAACCCGUACCAGCACCACUUUAUCCAGCAUUUCCUCCGAGAGCACUACAAUGAGUGGAUUACCAACAUCUACGUCAAGCCAUUUGUGGUGAUACUGUAUCUCAUCUAUGCCUCUUUCUCCUUUAUGGGGUGCUUACAGAUUAAUGAUGGAGCCAACAUCAUCAACCUUCUUGCCAGUGAGUCCCCAAGCGUUUCCUAUGCCCUCAUACAGCAAAAGUAUUUCAGCAACUACAGCCCUGUGAUAGGCUUCUACAUCUACGAACCUCUGGAGUAUUGGAAUGGUACUGUGCAAGAAGACCUAAAAACACUCAGCCAGGGGUUCAACACCAUGUCCUGGAUUGAACAGUAUUACCAAUACCUUCGAGUGGGUAACAUCAGUGCAACCAACAAAAGUGAGUUUAUCAGCAUCCUCCAGAGCUCUUUUCUAAAAAAGCCAGAGUUCCAGCACUUCAAAAAUGACAUCAUUUUCUCCAAAGCUGGAGAUGAGAACAACAUAAUUGCUUCUCGUUUGUACCUUGUGGCCAGGACUAGUGAAAACACACAGAGGGAAGCGGUGGAAUUGCUGGAGAAGCUGAGGCCACUCUCUCUUAUACAGAGCAUCAAGUUCAUUGUGUUCAACCCUACUUUUGUUUUCAUGGACCACUAUGGUUUAUCAGUAACUAUGCCUGUCCUGAUUUCUGGUUUUGGCAUCCUGCUGGUGUUAAUACUGACCUUCUUCCUGGUUAUCCACCCUCUGGGAAAUUUCUGGUUAAUUCUCAGUGUCACCUCAAUAGAGCUGGGUGUCCUUGGCUUGAUGACCUUAUGGAAUGUAGACAUGGAUUGCAUUUCUAUACUGUGCCUUAUCUACACUUUGAAUUUUGCCAUAGAUCACUGUGCACCCCUGCUUUAUACAUUUGUAUUAGCUACUGAGCACACCCGAACUCAGUGUAUAAAGAACUCCCUCCAAGAGCAUGGGACAGCCAUUUUGCAGAACGUUUCUUCCUUUCUUAUUGGGUUGGUCCCCCUUCUCUUUGUGCCUUCAAACUUGACCUUCACACUGUUCAAAUGCUUGCUGCUUGCCGGCAGUUGCACAUUUCUGCACUGUUUUGUUAUUUUGCCAGUCUUUCUAACCUUUUUCCCACCUUCCAAAAAGCACCACAAGAAAAAGAAAAGGGCCAAAAGGAAGGAACGAGAAGAGAUCGAAUGCAUAGAGAUUCAGGAGAAUCCUGAUCAUGUUACAGCAGUCUGAAAGGCUUAGAAAAAUAUAAUAGUAUAUCCUCUUUUUAAAAAAGUGUUGCACAGAGAUGCAGGGAAAAUAGAGCAAAGAUCUCAGCUGCUUGUGCUGGCCAGGUCUGACAAGGCAAAGGAAGAUCAAGAAGGGGUAUUCAUGACACCUCAAGGUGCAAACUUUUUUUAACAAAAAUAAUGAAAGCGAAAUAAUCUCAAAUGUUUCCUUUGAAUCCUCAUUCUCCACCAGGGAAGAGUCUGUUGGCCAUUAAGUAUUCCUGAGUCUCAAACUGUAGCUCUAAUGGGAAUUGCUUAAUAUGUCAUAUGUAGGACUGAAGCAAAGGUGGAAAAAAGAGUCACCAUUAAGUAAACAUUAGGGGAAAAGGCAGAUUUGUUCGAAAAAAUUGUCCAUGGAAGAGAAAGAAACAAUAUUUCAAAUCAGAAAAUGUUACAAGACCAAGAGAGAUUGAAAAUGCCAUGGUAAUUUUUUAUUUUCUUGAGGAAGUUAGUUAAGAAGAAACCUAUGCACUUGGGAAGUAAAUGUUUAAAACUAUCUAAGCCAAAGUACUUCCCAAAUCCAGUAUACCUUGUAUACCUGUAACACCACAAUUAGAGCAUUGUUGCAAAUAUGGGUGGCAAAGCUAAGGGAUAGAGGUACUGUUUAUAUAGGAGAAGAAAUUAUCAUAGCCAUUUGGAAAUUUAACACUUAGUUCCUUUAAAUGUGACAUAUCACUGUUACCCAAGAGGUCACAGCUGGUAGUUAAUACCAUACAUAUAUUUUGGUAUUUCUGAAUUGUGAAUUUCCCCUUGAGUGAACAGAUCUCACAAAACUAGCCCAGGCCAUCGCCACUGCAGCACUGUUUGCAGUUCCUGCAGUGUAACACUUCUGAAUCCUAAUUUAUCAGUGUUGACAUUAAAUACUGAAUAUUAAUCAAGCAGGCGCUUUAAAUGUAAUGAUGGAUUGCAUUUCACAGGCACAACGUGACCGUGUAGCAGCUGAGUCAGCUCUGGAGCACCUGCGCAGUAUUAUCAUUACAUAUUUGGUCCAAGGGACGAAGGGAUAUGUUUGCUGGUCCCUGCAAUAUGCUGCAGGAAGUGGGAUUUUCCCCUUCUUUAAGCAAAAUGUUAUUCAAAAACUUGCCACACACAAAAAAAACCCCACCUUGUAAAGCUUUGCAUGGGGCUGGAUCAACACCUAGUUGUAAGAAGACAGAUUGGUCCCCUGUGGGAAGGGGAGGGGAGGGUGAAAUGUCUUUUUUAUUGUUAUUAUUAUUCCUAAAUAUUUGAGUGUUGAUCAUCUGCAACAUAAAGCUUUGUUAUGGCAGUUGAAAUUUCACAGAAGAGUGCAGUAAAUCCACAGUUACUAUGUGGCACUAGAAACUGUACUGUAAAGAACUAUGAAUGACUUUCUCUGCUUUGUAAACUACUCAGCUCAGUAGCCCAAGGGAAGGGAUGAAAACAGAUCUAGCCAUUUCAGUUUGCUCUUGGCCCAGUUCUGCACUGGAGCUUGCCAUGUCAAUCUCUCCUUUCAGUAUUUUAAAAGGGCUUGCUUUCUACUCUCUGGAAUAUGGUAUAGCAUCCUCCAUGAGCAAUGUCUUCCUGAACCUAUAGUAUCCAUGGGGACACUAUGUAAAGAUAUCACUAUAUGGAGCGUCUAUGUCUACUUCGUAUGUCUUACUUGUGGGUACAUUUAAAAGAUAAUCUGGAAGCUGUUUGCCUUCCAAAAUGUGUAUACAUGUCUAUUUGUGGCUGAUAACUCAGUCUCAAACCUUCAGAGUUUGCUGACAAGGGUGUGUACAUAUGUUUUACUAAAAAGCUCUCUGUGCAAGAUGUUAAUUCUUUGCUACGUGACAUGUCUCACAUCUUCCAUGUUUCAUGGUUAUGGAGAGCCAGAAAAAUUCACCUGCAGUACAAAAAAAAAAGCCAUUUGAAUGCCAGUUCUAAUGUUCAUGAGCUGCUUCUGUUUCCAAGGAAUGCAAUUUCACCUCUUCUCUAUACUUUCUGUACUUUGCCAUUUAUCAUUUGCCAAAAAUGACCUCUGUGUUUUAGGAGUGGUCAAAACUCUGGAUUGUUCGAGGAAACUUUUGAGUGCAACAUGUCUUAGAGAGAGAGAAACUUUCUAGACAGGCAAAGCUUCCAAAGUUUGAAUUUGAAGCCUAAACUCCAGGAGUAGCUAGAUCAAGGUUGCUGGUUUGACCCAAAAUAUUCGAGGGCCAGACACAACUGAUAGUUCAGUAAAUAGUUCUGUAAGGUUUAGGAGCAGGGGAUGUUUUAAUGUUGGGUUAUGGCUCAGCUGUGUCUCUAACUGGGAAGGCUUUACUGACCUUGAUUUGCAUCUUGAUGGCAUUGUGCAAUAUCCAUCCUAUUUUGAACACUCCAUUGUGAAUGUCAAGCUUCCCAUGCCUCUUUUUAGAUUUCCUCCACUGCCCACACAAAACCUGGGUUGUUGCAGCACUGUGACCCUUGGCUAUCACUUCUGGGGGUGUCACCUGGGAAAUUCCUGGUCUUCUCUUGUACUGCCCAUAUGUAUCCCAGGGAUGUCUGUCAUGCAUUGUAUUGAGGGAAACAGCACUUUCCAAAGCCAUCAAAGCCAGGAUUCAUCUCAUCUAACUUCAGAUAUUAGCAAUGGAGAUAUUUAUAUCUGAACUUCCUUUAUGGCCAUAAGAGAGUGACAGACACUUCUGAUCCAUUUUAUAGUUGUAUAUUAGGAGUAAAUUAAUGAGGUUUUUUAAAAUGCAGAUUUCUGUCCAUUGGUGAUCAAGGAAGCUCAGCGCAAUCAGUCCAAACACAGACAGCAGCAAUGCAGAUUCAUCCAGACCUGGGGAGAUUAACCCCACUUAAAAUGACAAAAUAUCAAGAGAAAGAGAAAAGAUUAUAACCAUGCCUUCCAAGCUUCAAUUUUAGAGAUAAAUCCCAGGAAUAAUUCAGCUCAAAUUUUAUAUUUUGGUUAUGAAGCUUUAUGCAAAACAGAUUGUUUAAAAAUCUGGAAUUCCUUUAGCAGAAGAUAGUGAGCCAAGACAUCAGAAGAUGUCAAUAUUAAAGCUGGGCUCACACAAAUGAACUAGAGUUUGAUGAGGAGUCAAACCAACCCCUCUCAGUGUCACACAUGUGCAAUAGCACUUGUAUAAUAGGUACCAAAUACAUUGAUCACACACUGGGACCAGAAGGUUUUUAUUUCUAUGUUGAUACAGGAGUAAAGCAGAAAACAAACCAGAUCUUCCAUGGAUGUCAUUUUGUUAUUUUUGUCAACCAGUUUCCACAUCCACCAAAAAAGACCAGUGCAGCUGUUACUUCUGCAGAUACAUCAGUCUCUGUGGAGCAAGGAAAAUUGGAAUAAUUUUGGGAUGGAGAAUCCACAUUUUUUUAAUUCUUCCACUUGAUUUUGCUUAUUUUUCUUUCAAUUAUUUUCAGUACAUUAUACCUUAUUCUACAGCACCUUUUCAGUUCAACUGGAGCUGCAUAAGCACCUGUGAAGAAAGCAACAUAGCUCAUGCCAAGCAAUUUGACACUGAUACAUGCAGCAUACUGGAUCUUCCUUACACACCUUUUACCCCAGUUACCAUAAAUCCCCUGCAAUAUUGUGCAUAUUCCUUUAAUGUCUGAUUUUAUAUAUGGUCUAGAUAAUCUUCCAAGAACCCUGUGUGUAUCUCCUGCUUGGUUUGGUUUCAUUCCCUCAAAGUAUAUUGCUUUGAAUUCAUUGUUUAGAUAACUCUGUUGAAGUCAACAGAAUUAUUGCCAUGAUAUAUUUGACUUUGCAUGUCUUCUGUCUGGUAAGAAGUGAAACCAUGACAAAUGAGCCUCUUACAUUGUUGGUGUGCUUGUUGAACAAUAUAUCUAUCUAUACUCUAUAGCCAUAGUUGCAUGCUGCACUCGGGCGGCUGCAGUGAAGGUCUAUUUCUUUACACCUUGCUUUGUGGGCUAUUUUAACCUUAAUCUAUUCCUCUGUCUUUCCUUUUUUUAUUACAGUUAAGUCUUCUCCUCUGUAGUCCAUACUUGAUGUAGGUUUAAAUUGGAUUUUAGGAAAAUAUUGUUUAUUGUGAGGAUAGUGAGGACCUGGCACAGGUUGCCCAGAGAAGUUGUGGCUGCCCCAUCCCUGGUUGUGUCCCAGGUUGGGUUGGACAGGGCUUGGAGCAGCACACAGUGUGCUGCCCAUUGCAGGUGGUUGGAACUAGAUGGUCUUUAAGGUCCCUUCCAACUCAAACCAUUCAAUGUUUCAGAAAUUUAUUUCCUAACAAAGCAGUGCACUUUUUAAGGUCGAGGUAGAUACAGAUGCAUGGUACCUUGUGUGCAUAAUUUAAAGAGAUGAUCUUCAGGGUUAUCAUUCUCAACUUUUUACUUCAAACAAUUUCUAUUUAGAAUGUAACCUGCCACAUGUUAAUGUCUAUUUGAAGUUCCUUGAACAACUUUAGUUUUGAAAUUCUCUCUGAUGGGAAGGAAAAGAACCAGGGGGAAAGGAAGAAUAUGCAGUUAAGUGGUUGUGUAAUCAGCGUUCUUUUUUUCCCCAAAGGCUUUCACUGCUCUACUCUUAAUUAAGUCACACUGAGUAGUAACUCUAGCAUAAUUAAGAUUUAUUUCAACGUAGUUAUUCCAUAUUUCACUAUGACAAGAGCCUGGCUUAUUGUCUUUAUGCAAGUACCAUGCUAAGUCUCUGAUUAAUUUUUCAGUAAUUAUAAACUUUAAUAAGUUAUUUUUCAUUGCAACACUAGGUUUUUGAGUACUUCAAGCUCCCAUUUGAUCUCCUAGGAAACACUGUAAGGAAACAAAGUUAGGCAGUCAGUGAGCAAAAGAUGUGUAGUGUUGCUGGGGAAAAGGGAUUCUCCGCAAAGAGGCAGCUUCUCCUCCAACAAGGCUUUAAACACUGAUGAUCAGGAUAUCUGAGAAAAUUAAGGUGAAGUGGAAACCAAGUGAAACAUUGUUUGGAGAGUAUUGUAACCAAAUUAUUAUAGACAGAUAAGACUUUUAUUCUUCUUUCAUAAUGUCUUACACAGGCAAAAGGAAUUUGAACAGGAAAGCAAACUUGAUAUGGAAAGCAGCUCAUCCAUCACCUAAAAUUAUUCUUUUCACUGUAGUCUUGCGUGAACCAUGCCACAGACUGAGUUAGUACAGGUUGUUCCACCUCAGUAUGGGCCUCUCCAUGGCCUGUUUUCCAUGGACAGGGAGGGAGGGAUUCCAUGUUUGUUUUCACAAACCCUUGAGGAGAAGACUCUGAACUGUGUCCUUACCUGACAGAGCUGUGUGGGUGAGAGCUGAAAUAUGCAAGCACAGGUAUUUCGUGCCCCACUUGUUCUCUCUCUGCCUUCUCAUGAGCAGCAAUACCAUGAACCCCUGGUACCAACCCCACGCUGAGCGCUGGAAUUCAUCAUUUCCCCAGGAGUAACUUGGAAUUUGUGAUCACAGCAGCUCACAGGCUAACACAAGCUGAUACAACUCCAACCAAGAUUUUAGGGGCUUUUUUAAGGUGUUCUUUGAGAGAUUCCCACUUCUCACUACAGAGCCCUACACAUCACCUCACCUGCCCAACAAUGGAGAGGUGGAAAUUCUUCUUCUGAUAUGGCAGUCAGGUAAAAGAAAAUCUUCUGUAAGCCUUUCUUUUUCAUCCUAGAGGCUUUUCCCAAAUGCAAUCUUUUUUUUUACUCAGUCACUUCUCCAUCUCUUUCUACCUCCUUCAUGGUUGAAAAGCAAAGGAUCCAGUGUGAAACUUGGAUGCUCAUCCUACCCCUAGCGAUGCAAAAUAUCAUUAACCACAAAUUUGAGAUGGGUUAUGGAUGUUCAGAUCAAGCACAAGGAGCUGGCUUUCUUGCCCACACAGGCAAUCAAAACCCUGCUGAAAACAAGUAAAUGUGAAGCAGUUCAUCUUUCCUAGCUCUCUUUGUUUCCUGCUUUGACAUAUCAGUGUGUCCACAACACUAUUCUCAUUUUCUUCCUGCUUCCUCAUUAAAGCAGAGUUUCUCCUCCCCACUCUCUGAGGCUAUCUUCCUUUUGCAGCUGAACUUAUUUUGUACUUUAUUCUUCUCUGUGUGCUCUCAACCUCUUCAAAAUUUCCCUAUUUAUUUUUGAAAAUUCUGGGAGCAUAACUGUUGAAAUAAAUGGAAGAUGCUUCAAUGCUUCCAAGUACAGCCUGUGGUACAGACCUAACUAAUUUAUAACAGAGUCCAAACAGCUAAAUACUUUCUUCAGACAGAAAAGUGUCUGUAAUAAAACUCAGAAAAAAAAUUAAGACUAUAUUUCCAUUUUUAUGAGGUUUUUAUCUCAUAAACUUCUACUUCUUGUGAUUCCUUUACUCUAGGCAUUUAUUUUUCAGCACACUUUUAUCAUAGAAAUGCCUAGUUUUUCUCUGCUUUUCUGUCUCAGCAAAAAAAAAAAAAAAAAAAAAGGAUAUUUCCUCAUGCCCUCAAAAAGAAAUUAUCACCCCCAAUUGGAACAAUUUUUUGUCAAAUUUCUGUCCAGAGCACAUUUUCCAGGCUAGUUGUACAAACCUCUGGAAACAAGUAUUCUAGUGGAAAUGCUGAUACAGCCAUAACUACAGAAAAAUGAUUGGCACCUCAACAGUGUCCUGCUUAAUUUCAACCCCUCUGCACCAGCCUGCUGGAUUUCCAGGCAGUAUUCCUAACAUGGAUUGAUAAUUGUCUCCUUCACCAUGUAGUCAAUAUCAGCAUGUCAGUGUCUACCCUGCUUACAUA